AUGUUAAUACGCGAUGAGUUCGAACAAUGUGAGACGGACGUCCGCUUAGACGGCAAAGUGGCGCUUGUGACCGGCGGUACGUCAGGAACAGGUUUUGAAGCUGCUAAGAGCUUAGCUAAACGCGGCGCCAGAGUCAUAAUAGCAAGUCGCAACCCAGCGAAGUUGGAAACAGCAAAGAGAGACAUCAUACAGGCGUCUGGAAACAACGCUGUAGUCGCUAGGCAAAUGGAUUACGAAUCGUUAGCGUCCGUCAGAGAGUUCGCUCGCGAAACGAUUGCGACAGAACCACGCUUAGAUAUACUGAUAAACAAUAUCGGUGCUAUCGGACUCCCCGACAAACUGACGGAAGACAGUCUGCAGCUGAUGAUGCAGGUGAACUACUUCGGGGCAUUCCUUCUAACUUACUUACUGUUUCCUUUGCUGAAGUCUUCAUCACCGAGCAGGAUAGUCAACGUUUCGUCUCUAGCGUUGAUCUUGGGAGAGAUCAACUUUGAGCACAUGAACGAUGUCGGGAAGUAUUCUAACUUCGGUUACUAUUGUAACGCUAAAUUGGCUGCUGUUUUGUUCACUGUGGAAAUGGAUAGGCGAAUCAGAGGGUCGGGUGUGAACGUGUACAGUAUGGAUCCUGGUAUAUCCAAAUCAGAGUUUUUUAGGAACACGGAAAGCGAAUUUUGGAAGAAACUGCUCAAUGGUGCGUUGCAGAUCUUCGGCAGACCUAUUCAUAGAGUAGCUACAAUGCCUGUGUAUUUGGCUGUCGAUCCUAAGUUACAAAAUAGCAGUGGGAAACAUUUCAGAGACUGUGCAGAGUUUUACAGUCAUUGGAGUGUCAAUGAUACGGCGUUUACGAAAAGACUGUGGGACGAGUCGAAGAGACUUGUGAAGAUUACCGAUGCAGAAGACUGGGAGAUAUAA